GUGUGCUCUACCCCCUGCCCCCCAGUCUAUCCAACAACGAGAAGACUCAAAAUACCAGAUAAAAUUCAAUGAGUUUGCCAUUGAACUGAAUGCAUGUCCAGCAAUAGAUUGCAUGUCUUUCAACGAGAUUGCAUCGUGACGCUACUCACCACGGUACAUAAAUCAACCCGCAAGCUGGAGUUUCAUAGUUUGAAAUGGACCAAUGGCCUUGGAGCAUUCAUUUCGUUCGAAGUCGUUUGCAAAAUGUUGGCGCACACUCUCUUCCAUCGCAGCCUUCAUGCAACAGCAGCAGCAGACAGGGUCGACGGAACACAGCUUCCUCGUCGCAAUUGACGUGAUGUUCGUCGUAGCCGCCACGUAUUGGCUGGUUUGUAUCCGACCCAUGCCCAAAACAUAUCUGUCCGAGAUCAUUUUCCCCCUUCAGUUUUACCUCCGAGGGGUGGCCUCCCUAUGGCUGACCCUCGUCACGGCGCUCGUGUGUGUGUACACACUUGGUUGGGGGGGGUGUCCUGACCUUGACGAACGACCUGUCGCCCUUCUAACAACGGACACCGCGGCAUGGGGAGUGUCCACGCUACUCAUUUGGAUGGAACAUCGGCGAGGUCUGCGAACGUCCCCGCUCCUCCUGGGGUUUUGGCUCCUUCGGUGGUCCCUUCUAACCAAAUCGUUGUGGAUGCGAGUGACCCCACAAGUCGUCGGUAGCGAUUCCCCUCCUUUCGUUGUGGUGCUGCACAUGGGGUGCCUGUUUUUGUGCCAGUCGGUACUGGCGUCAGCAGGGAUAUGGCCAACGCGGCAACUCACGUCGUCGUCGCCUGAAGUUCUCGCCUUGGCUCGAGCUCACAUCAUAUCGUUCAGUGGCAAGUCACUUGUCCACCGCUCAACUGCCCUCCAUUCAGGUUUUAGUUUACACCAGCAGCAACAUCCCACCCCCACAAGUUAUGGUUCGAUUGGCCAAGCCAAAACCUUGAGCUGUGCUACUACCCCCCAGCACGAUGUCACGUUGCCCUGCCACCCAACGUUGAAGAUUUGCAUUCCAAGCUGGACAGUGUCACGGAGGUCCGAGUCUUCGUAUGUGUCGUACAAGAUUCUCAUCAUGUCGGGGCACGACGAGACUUGGAGUGUGCGCCGUCGGUACAGCGACUUUGCCCAUUUGCGCCGUGGGGUACUGUAUUUUGUUGCACCGACUUUCAUAUCCGAGUAUUACAUUCAUGUACAACAACUCGUGCGAUUGCGUAGCUCCCGUCAUGGAUGACAGACCAUGUGCCCUUUCCAGACAAAUCGCACUUGCAGCGCUUUGCACCUCAGGUCAUUGACACCCGCCGCGCGCUGUUGGAAUCGUUUUUGAACGUACUUUAAACUGGAUGGUGGCCAUACAUUAUUGACGGCAACCGUGUAGUCGGUCGUGGCGCACCCUGAUUUCGACGCCCGGGCGUCGCUCGCGUUGUGUGAUUUCCUCGAUUUGGAAUACAUUGCCAACCCCAACGACUAUCUCGUGUAAUCCAAACCCGAAAUGUCAACCUUGAGACAGAUUUAUCAAAGUUAGUAUUAUCCACAAACAUAAGGAUGCUUUUACUGUAUAAAGUAAAUAGAAUGAAAAGAAUACCAGUAGCGUUACA